AUGGAGUUAUCCAUAGUGUUUCUUUGUUGUACACUGUAUAUCCUUUUGAUACAGGUGACAGACACACCUGGACUGUGUGACACUCAUCGCAGCGAGGAAGAAGUUCUGCUGGAAGUCGGCAAGUCCGUGGCUGUGGCCUGUCCAGGGCCUCACGUGGUCAUCAUCGUCAUUCGAGGCGAUCGUCGCUUUACAAAGGAGGAGUAUGAUGCUGUGAAGACACUACAGGCUUUGUUUGGUGAGCGUGUCCGCCGCCACCUCAUGAUCGUCUUCACUGGCGGCGAUGGGCUUGCAGAUGACAUCAGUGGUAUGCAGGCUGCUGUAGACCAGCAAUUACUAAAAGCUCCUGAAAAUCUCAAGGAAGUUUUGUGUGAUGCCUACAACCGUUACUGCAUUGUGUCCAACACUGGGACGUUUGAGACGAGACGACAGCACGCAAAGGUCGUGUUAAGUAAGAUUCAAGAUGUGGUGAGAAGAAACAACAGGGAGUAUUUCACGAAUGAGAUGGUUGAUGAGUACAACAGGAAAGUACAGUCCAUUAUUGCUCGCCGCCAGAGAGAUCACGGUCUGUCAGACAACCAGGCUGUCACAGAGACCAGACAAGCCAUUGUUGAUGAAAAGGAAGAUCCUGGCUUCUUCGAUACACUGAAGAACAUAGCAAAAACUUACAUAUUGCCUGUCUUGAUAAAGGUCGCCGAGGUGGGACUAGCUGUCGCAGUUGGCGCCGUGGUAAAGAGGUGUUCUGUGAUGUAGCAGUCACAAACAAAC